ACCUAGCUACGGCUGUUAUUAUUUACUUAGAUACACGAGCAGUAUACCCAAUGAGCGUUCGCACAGCCGGCAUAACAUUGUGAGGGACACAGACAGGCCCGAAUGACAGCACACGAGGGAUUUUUAACCAUCUGAUGCUGUAUAGGCGAUCUGGUCGGUUUGUGAAAUUCGCCGUAACCACGGACGCUAUCGUGUAGGCACGCCUGCUGGAUUCCUCUGUUUGUGAUCUGGUGUUUCAAAUAGAUCUUUUGUUUAUUUGAACAUUUUUGCAGCUGAACAUGGGUUGCAAACAAUCGAAAGCGGUACGGGUCCAACCCGUCGGACCGGCUUCUGUUGUGCAUGAUAAUACGGACGAUGUUGAAAUUUGUGAUUCUGGAACUCAGACGAAAGACAGAAUAAAAUCGGGAAAUCCAGACGACCAGUAUGAAUAUGACAUAGAUGAUCAAGGAAAUAAAGUUAAGAAACUAAGGAAAAAGAAGAAAAGCAGAUCGGCCAAGAGUCAGAACUCUUUGAACUCUUGUGACACUCUCGAGGAUGACCAGUCCCUGGAAGGUGAUCGUGGAUUCUCGGCCGGGUCCAAGAAGAGCGCGGACUCUGGACUCGGAGAAUGUGAUGAAUAUUCACAUGUAAUCACGGAAUUCUCUAAUCCAAAUGAAGUUCAAAAGAUUGAAAACGAAUUCGGUGGAGAGAGGGAAGACUUAGAUCUCAUGGUUACUGGGAAGCCUUGUCAAAAGAGACUGAGUGCUAAGGACAAAAAUCGACUCGAAGAAUCAAUGAUCAUGCAGGCUUUGAGAGAAGAAGGCCUGAUCACUAAAACAAAGACAGAGUCUACAGGAGGAGUGAGUUUUGAAAUUGUUGCUAAAGAGGAUGCAACGAGACCUCCUCCUCGGCUUGCCAAGCUUGAAAAGAGGAGGAAGAAGAAAAAGACGCUCACAGAGGAAGAAAUUCAGGAGAAACUCGAGAGAGCAGAAAAGAGGAGAAAGAGGAAAGAGCAGGAACGGCUGGAGAAGAUCAAGGAGAUUGACAAAAGCGACCACCUGGCUGCUCUAGACAGUUUUGCCAAGCACCAGCAGGAGAAGGUGGAGCAGACGACACAGAAGAUGGACCAGGUUAUUGACAACAGGGAGAGGAGGAUGAAGGAAAUUAGAGACAAGAUAAAGUCUAAAGAGAAGCACGCGGAGGAAGUUAGGAGAAGGAAGUUGGCCCAGGUCGACACGAGUGACAAUUUAUCAGGGGCAGAUAACCCAGCGUUUGACCAAACUGUGUAGGGACGUGAAGGAAGAUACAAAUGGUGUUAAAUGAAUAAAACUUUAACCUGUAUCAUGUGUGCAUAUGAUUUACCAAACAAAGUCAAUCAUAUAAAGUCCAAAAUCAUGAACUGUAAUGAAUAACAUGUGGGUCAAGGCUGUC